GGCGGCUCCGCGGCGGAGCCGGGCCGCGGGCCACCAUGCUGGGCCUGGACGCGUGUGAGCUGGGGGCGCAGCUGCUGGAGCUGCUCCGGCUGGCGCUGUGCGCCCGAGUCCUCCUGACCGACAAGGAGGGGAGACAGCUGUCGCCCGACGAGGCACUGGAUGAGGCCGUGCCUGAGUACCGGGCCCCGGGGAGGAAGAGCCUCCAGGAGAUCCAGCAGCUGGACCCUGAUGACGAGAGCCUGGUCAAGUACAAGCGGGCACUGCUGGGGCCCCUGCCACCCCUCGUGGACCCGAGCCUGCCCAAUGUGCAGGUGACCAGGCUGACGUUGAUGUCUGAGCAGGCUCCAGGGCCCAUCACCAUGGACCUCACAGGGGAGCUGGCUGCGCUGAAAAACCAGGUGUUUGUCCUGAAGGAGGGUGUGGAUUACAAAGUGAAGAUUACCUUUAAGGUCAAUAAGGAGAUCGUCAGUGGCCUCAAGUGUCUGCAUCACACCUACCGCCAGGGCCUGCGUGUGGACAAGGCGGUGUACAUGGUGGGCAGUUAUGGCCCUAGCGCCCAGGAGUAUGAGUUUGUGACCCCGGUGGAGGAGGUGCCUCGAGGAGCCUUGGUGCGGGGUGCCUACGUGGUCACGUCCUUCUUCACUGACGAUGACAGGACAGACCACAUGUCCUGGGAGUGGGGCCUCCACAUCUGCCAAGACUGGAAGAGCUGAACGUCCCCUACCCCGGGGGCUGUCCUCAGCCCACCUGGGGUCCUUGUUUCCCCUGCCCCUGCAGUCAGUGACCACACCCCCACACCCUCUGCUCCGGUCCUGGGACACCCCCUUCCUGGGCUGGCACUGUGCCCUGAACAGUCCUAUUAAACGUCACCUUGUCUCGGUGCCCUUGGUGUUGCCUCUGUCUG